UUUUUUUUUUUUUUUUUUUUUUUACAUAUCCACCUGUUACUUCCGUCUACCUGCUCUGGGCCGAGAGCACUCUCUGAAAUCGUUUUGCUCAUUCGCGAUUUUCCCCCGCGUUCCCUCCGCCGACACCAACAAUACGAGCGGCCGGCCGACGUACAAUCGCCGUUGACGACGACGCUCAUUCGUACCUGGAUAACUACCUGAUAAAAUCGACCCGGAUUAGGACAUAUUCGUUCUCGAGAAUAACCUCCCCCGCAUCUGCAAUCAAUCUAGAUGCCAAUGCGAGGCUCCUCGUCCGGCAGGCUUUGUGCGGGCCAUUUCGGAAUUGUGCCGAGGACCAGGAGAACGGCCCUCGUGCGACCUGUCGCUCUUCGAACUGCACGUCCUGCUUAUAUUACGGAAUACAGGAGGAGUUUCCACCGCUGCCGGUCGAGACCGAGUCCCAAUCUUGGAGGAUAUGGAUAUCUGCGCAGACAAGAUCGGUCGAAUGUCCGAUGCGGUGUACGGGUCACUCCGGCCGUGAGGCGGUUUGCGGCGACUAGCUCUGCCGUGCAAAUUAAGCCCGAGGAGAGUGAUAGCACGCCGGGAGAAGAAGUGUGGGGUCCUUUGUCGGAGUAUGAGGUGAGGGUGCAGCAGGGUCGGCUGAGGGAUGAUCCUUAUCAAAGGCAAAUCAUUGAGCAGCUACAAGAUCUGUAUGUGCGUUUGAAGUUGUAUCAUGCUCCUCCGGUCGUCCAUCCCAGCGUCGAGUCUCUGGAGCGCACCCCGAAAAAGUCUUUCUUCGGGUCGUUGUUCUCUAAAGCCCCAGCAAAGUCGGAGUUCACUAUUCCCGAGAAUCUCCCGAGGGGCUUGUAUAUGUAUGGCGAUGUUGGUUGCGGGAAGACAAUGCUGAUGGAUCUGUUUUAUGAGACGCUGCCGCCGAAUAUCACGUCCAAGUCUCGGAUCCAUUUCCACAACUUCAUGCAGGAUGUACAUAAGCGGAUGCAUGUGGUGAAGAUGCGGUACGGAAAUGACUUUGAUGCGUUGCCGUUGGUUGCAGCGGAUAUUGCGGAGAAGUCAAGUGUGUUUUGUUUUGACGAGUUUCAGUGUACGGAUGUUGCGGACGCAAUGAUUCUGCGGAGACUUCUUGAAUUGCUCAUGUCGCACGGCGUGGUCCUAAUCACCACCUCGAACCGGCAUCCCGACGAUCUAUACAAAAACGGCAUCCAACGCGAGUCCUUCAUCCCAUGCAUCAAUCUCCUGAAGGCCCAGCUUGACGUGAUCAACCUCAACUCGCCCACCGACUACCGUAAAAUCCCCCGCCCCCCAUCGGGAGUCUACCACCACCCGCUCGGCCCAGAGGCAGAACAACACGCCCAGAAAUGGUUCGACUUCCUCGGCGACCCGAUCAAUGAUCCUCCCCACCCAGCCACCCAGGAAGUCUGGGGCCGUAAGAUCCAAGUCCCCUGUGCAAGCGGGAAGGCCGCGAAAUUCAGCUUCCAGCAGCUGAUCGGUUCCGCCACCGGCGCAGCCGACUAUCUCGAACUAGUCCGCAACUACGAUGCUUUUAUCAUUACCGAUGUCCCAGGCAUGGACCUGACGCAGCGCGAUCUCGCCAGACGAUUCAUCACUUUCAUCGAUGCCGUUUACGAAAGCCGAGCAAAACUAGUCCUCACCACUGCUGUCCCCCUCCCAAACCUCUUCAUCCCCGAAUCGGAAGUCAAACCCUCCGCGGAUGACAAAGGCAAUCAUCAAACGGAUAUCUCCGACUCCAUGCGCAUGAUGAUGGAUGACCUCGGUCUCUCGAUGAAAGCCCUCAAGACAAGCUCCCUCUUCAGCGGCGACGAGGAACGCUUUGCCUUUGCGCGGGCGCUGUCCCGGCUCUCCGAAAUGGGGAGCAAGCAGUGGGUUGAGCGCGGGCUGGGCGUAGGAAUGAAUCCCGAGAACGGGAAAAGUGAGCAUGAUGCUUGGAUGAAGGCACGGAGCCGGUGGAGUGAGGACAAUAUGUAACCGUCAGCUUUUCUUUUCUUUUUUUUUUUUUUUUU